UAUGUUGCCGAUCAUCCAUUUGAUGAUGGAGGAUAAAAUUGCACCCGCCAUUGCAAUCUCUCCCCUUCUUUUCAAGUCAAGCAGCACCAAGGAGAUUUUGGAACAGCAAGCAGAGAUGAGAAAUCAAAUGAAGAAAUAGUUGUCUGCUACUACACAUUUGGGAUGCUUUUCUGGAACCAACUUGUCGGAUCAUUGACGAUCAGUACCAGAAGGUUCAGCUCUUCAAGACUAGCAGAGACUUUGAAGCAGGCGAAGGAUCCACAUAUCUCAGCGGAAACAGCAGAAGAUCAAUGGCAAUGUUUCGUCUUUCUUCCAUCAUAUCAGGACUAGACAAGUUAGCAUCAUACAUCACAAGUUCGUCUUCAUCUUCAUGUGAUCCAUGUGGCACGGAUGAAUUGGUGGAGUUGAAGGAUUCAGUGGUGAGGACCCGAAAUUAUGUCAUGGAUUCAAGGGGGGUUAUUGGAGAUGCAUCUGUGAAGCUCUGGCUGAUGGAGCUCAACAACUUGGUUCAUCUUAUAGAUCAUAUCGAGCACCAGAGAUCCAGCGAAGAGCAACAACCUCAGUUGGUAACUUGCAGAAAGAGAGCGAAGCUAGAGAAGAAAGAACCAGCUCCAGAUGCGAUCAACUGCAAAGUACAGGAGAUCAGGAAGAGAUUCCAUGAGAUGUCAGCUGACUGGGCUGCUAUCCAUUUAACAGAGAGUGAUGUAGGGAUGCAGUUUCAGCAACAAAGAUCAUCACCUUCUGGCUUCCAAAUAGAUGAAUCAUGCAUUUUUGGCAGGGAUCAUGACAAAAACAAGGUGAUCGAGCUAUUGUUUUCAGAUGACAGCAAGAGAGGCAAUGUUUCUAUCAUUUCCAUUGUUGGCGUGGCAGGUAUUGGGAAGACUACACUUGCUCAGCUUGCUUACAGUGAUCCAAAGAUAUGUGCACAUUUCACAGCUAGGGGAUGGGUGUGUGUCUCUGGAGACAUCGAUGCUGUGAGACUGCUGCAAGCAAUCAUACAGUCAGUCACAGGAAAGGCUUGCCAAGACAAGGAUUUGGUAACGCUCGAAAGAACACUAGAAAGAGUGUUGAAGGGAACAAAAUUCUUGCUUGUUUUAGAUGAUGUCAAGGAGGACGACAGCCUCUGGGACUGCUUGUGGUCGCCAUUACUUGGUGCAGAAACGAGCAAGAUUGUUGUCACCAGUCGCAAUGAGCUAGUUUCUAACAGCAUCCAAGAACUCGUACUUCCUCAUCACCUGAGCAGCUUAUCUGAAGCUAACUGCUGGUCUCUUUUCCGUAGGUUUGCAUUUGACGGUGAAGAUCCAAAUGAGCAUCCAAACCUGGUGGAGAUCGGCAGGAAGAUUGCUGCAAUGUGUAGAGGGUGGCCGCUGGCCGCAAAGACGCUCGGUGUUCUUCUCCGGUUCGAAACCGAUAGGUGGUUGGAUAUCCUGCAAGGUGAGGUGUUGGGGCUGGUUGGUGGUCUCAACUUCACUCUGCAACCUUCAGAUGGUGCUUGGCAGUCUCAACUCUUGACUCUGCAACCUUCGGAUGGUGCCAUGGAGCAUAGAUGAUGUUGAUGAACACCAUUGUGAUAUGCCUCUGCUGAUUUCUCCAAACAAAGAACUGAAAGAAUAAUGUAUGAAGACUCUGUAUAAAUUUCAAGUAUGGAAGUUUAUUUUGGAUCCACAGGCUCA